GGGGCCGACGAUUGGCCUCCUGAGAGGACUGGAGUAAGGGGGUUCCAGGGGAGGGAUUUCCCUCCACGCCUAGAGUUCGGGGACCCGACGAGAAGGAGAGGAGUCACUCAAGUCUCCGCAAGGCUGAGCCGCGAGUCGCAGAGCCGGGCGGGCCGGGCCGGCCGGGCGGGCUGAGCCUCCUUCGCGGCCGCUCCAGCCAGGACCGCGCCGAGCAGCUUUCCCAUCCUUCUGGCCCAGCUUUGGCUACAGCGGGAUCCCGUAGGCAGCGCGUGGAGUCCCCGGCACUUUCCGGAGGGGUCGCUAGCUCUCCCCCAGGGGACUGACCGUGCGCUCUCAGACUGACCUGCCUCAAACCUAACAGAACCAUGUGCGCAGCCGGGACCCCCGGGGUCGCCUCCAGCGCGCGCCUGACAGCCUGUCCCACCAAUUUUCAACCGAUGCCUCCACCAUCGCCCCGGCUGUUGCUAGCGCUGCUGCUUCUCCUGUCACUGGUAAGCCGCGUCCGGGCAGAGCCGGUUGCCCCGGGUCGGGCGUCGGCGUCUCCGGAUUUUGCAGGGGUUUCUGGGGUCCCCGCCGAGGAGGCCAUAGUGCUGGCGAAUCGUGGGCUCCGGGUGCCCUUCGGCCGCGAGGUCUGGCUCGACCCGCUGCACGACUUGGUGCUGCAGGUGCAGCCGGGGGACCGCUGCACGGUGACUGUGCUAGACAACGACGCGCUGGCCCAGAGGCCGGGCCGCUUGAGUCCCAAGCGCUUCCCGUGCGACUUUGGCCCCGGAGAGGUGCGCUACUUACACCUAGGCGCGCGCAGCCCGUCGCGGGAUAGCGUCCGGCUGCAACUGCGCUAUGACGCGCCAGGAGGAGCGGCCGUGCUACCCCUGGUGCUGGAGGUGGAGGUGGUGUUCACCCAGCUAGAGGUUGUGACUCGGAACUUGCCCCUGGUCGUGGAACAGUUGUUGGGAACGAGCAAUGCCCUGGACGCUCGGAGCUUGGAGUUCGCCUACCAGCCCGAGACGGAGGAGUGCCGCGUGGGUAUCCUGUCGGGUUUGGGCGCGCUGCCUCGCUAUGGGGAACUCCUCCACUACCCGCAGGUACCGGGUCAAGCCAGCGAGGGGGGCGCCCAAGAGCCUCUUCUAAUGGACUGCAAAGCUUUCCAGGAGCUAGGCGUGCGCUACCGUCACACCGCUCCCAGUCGCUCACCGAACAGGGACUGGGUGCCCAUGGUGGUGGAACUGCGCUCGCGAGGGGCUCUGCUGGGCAGUCCUGCUUUGAAACGCGAGCAUUUCCAGGUGCUGGUGAGAAUCCGAGGAGGGACCGAGAACACUGCACCCAAGCCCAGUUUUGUGGCAAUGAUGAUGAUGGAAGUGGACCAGUUUGUACUGACCGCCCUGACCCCAGACAUGCUGGCUGCUGAGGAUGCUGAGUCUCCUCCUGACCUGUUGAUCUUCAACCUCACCGCUCCAUUGCAGCCUGGCCAGGGCUACCUGGUGAGCACUGAUGAUCGCAGCCUGCCUCUCUCCUCCUUCACGCAAAGGGAUCUGCGCCUCCUGAAGAUUGCCUACCAGCCCCCCUCAGAGGACUCUGACCAGGAGCGUCUUUUUGAACUGGAGCUGGAGGUAGUGGACCCAGAAGGAGCAGCCUCAGACCCUUUUGCUUUCAUGGUAGUGGUGAAGCCCAUGAACACGCUGGCUCCCGUAGUUACCCGGAACACUGGUCUCAUUCUCUAUGAGGGUCAGUCUCGGCCCCUCACAGGUCCUGCAGGUAGUGGACCACAAAACUUGGUCAUCAGUGAUGAGGAUGACCUAGAGGCAGUGCGGCUGGAGGUGGUGGCUGGACUCCGCCAUGGUCACCUGGCCCUUCUGGGUGCCUCCCAUGGCAGCUCAGCCCCUAAGACCUUCACAGUGGCUGAGCUGGCAGCAGGCCAGGUGGUCUACCAUCACGAUGACAAAGAUGGCUCAUUGAGUGACAACCUGGUGCUUCGAAUGGUUGACGGAGGAGGCAGGCACCAUGUGCAGUUCCUGUUCCCUAUCACCUUAGUACCUGUGGAUGACCAGCCACCAGUGCUCAAUGCCAACACAGGACUGACACUGGCAGAGGGUGAAACAGUGCCCAUCCUGCCCCUCACUCUAAGUGCAACUGACAUGGACUCAGAUGACUCUCUGCUGCUUUUUGUCUUAGAAUCACCCUUCUCAACCACGGGGCAUUUGCUUCUCCGUCAAACUCAUCCUCCCCAUGAGGAAGAGGAGUUUCUCGGGGGUUCUUGGAGGAAACAAGGAGAUUUCUAUGAGCAAACUGUGACAGAGUGGCUGCAGCGGGACAUCAUGGAGGGGAGGCUCUUCUACAGGCACACUGGGCCCCAUAGUCCUAGGCCAUUGAUGGACCAGUUCACAUUUCGGGUCCAAGAUAAUCAUGACCCCCCUAAUCAGUCUGGACUACAGAAGUUUGUGAUACGCAUUCAUCCUGUGGAUCGCCUUCCUCCAGAACUGGGCAGCGGCUGUCCCCUUCGAAUGGUGGUGCAGGAAUCCCAGCUCACACCUCUGAGGAAGAAGUGGCUGCGCUACACUGACCUGGACACAGAUGACCGAGAACUGCGUUACACAGUGACUCAGCCCCCUGUGGAUACAGAUGAAAACCACUCACCAGCCCCCCUGGGCACCUUGGUGCUAACAGACAACCCCUCAGUGGUGGUGGCCCAUUUUACCCAGGCCCAGGUUAACCACCAUAAAAUUGCUUAUAGGCCUCCAGAUCAAGAGCUGGGAGUGGCUGCCCGAGUGGCCCAAUUCCAGUUCCAGGUUGAAGACCGAGCUGGGAAUGUGGCACCAGGCACCUUCACCUUGUACUUACAGCCAGUGGACAAUCAGCCACCUGAGAUUCUCAACACUGGUUUUACUAUUCAGGAGAAAGGCCACCACAUCCUGAGUGAAACAGAGUUGCAUGUGAAGGAUGUAGACACUGAUGUAGCCCAUAUUUCUUUCACUCUCACACAGGCACCCAGACAUGGCCACAUAAGGGUGUCUGGACAGAUAUUGCAUGUAGGAGGGACCUUCUAUUUGGAGGACAUAAAGCAGGGUCGGAUUUCCUAUGCUCAUAAUGGGGAUGAGUCCCUGACUGAUAGCUGCUUGUUGGAGGUCAGUGACAGGCAUCACGUAGUGCCCAUCACUCUCAGAGUGAAUGUCCGGCCAGUGGAUGAUGAGUUGCCCAUGUUGAGCCUUCCUGCAGGUACCCUGGGAUCAUAUUUAGAUGUGUUAGAAAAUGGGGCUACUGAAAUCACUGCCAGUGUUAUUAAGGGAACCGAUGAGGACACUGAUGAUUUGAUGUUGACUUUCCUCUUGGAAGAUCCACCCUCAUAUGGAGAAAUCCUGGUCAAGGGAGUCCCAGCAGAGCAGUUUACCCAAAGGGACAUCUUGGAGGGCUCUGUCGUCUAUGCUCACACCAGUGGUGAGAUCGGUCUGUCGCCCAAGCAGGACUCUUUUAACUUGAGUCUGUCCGAUAUGUCUCAAGAAUGGAGAAUAGGUGGCAAUACUAUCCAAGGAGUUACAGUAUGGGUGACCAUCCUCCCUGUCGAUAACCAGAGCCCAGAAAUUUCUGUUGGUGAAAGGUUUGUAGUAACGGAAGGUGAUAAAAGUGUUAUAACUUCAAUGCAUGUAAGUGCCGAAGAUAUUGAUUCCCUAAAUGAUGACAUUUUGUGCACUAUAGUUAUUCAGCCUACUUCAGGUUAUGUUGAAAACAUUUCUCCAGCACCAGGCUCUGAAAAAUCAAGAGCAGGAAUUGCCAUAAGUGCCUUUACUCUGAAAGAUCUGAGACAGGGUCAUAUUAAUUAUGUCCAAAGUGUUCAUAAAGGGGUGGAACCUGUGGAAGAUCGAUUUGUAUUUCGUUGUUCUGAUGGCAUUAACUUUUCAGAGAGGCAAUUUUUUCCCAUUAUAAUCAUUCCCACCAAUGAUGAACAGCCAGAAAUAUUUAUGAGAGAAUUUAUGGUGAUGGAAGGUAUGAGUCUGGUGAUCGAUACACCCAUCCUCAAUGCUGCAGAUGCCGACAUUCCCCCAGAUGAUUUAACUUUCACUAUUACCCAAUUUCCUACUCAUGGUCACAUCAUGAACCAGCUGAUAAAUGGCACAGUUUUGGUGGAGAGCUUUACCCUGGACCAGAUCAUAGAGAGUUCCAGCAUUAUUUAUGAGCAUGAUGACUCUGAGACCCAGGAAGACAGUUUUGUGAUUAAGUUAACAGAUGGUAACCAUUCUGUAGAGAAGACAGUCCUCAUUAUGGUCAUCCCGGUUGAUGAUGAGAGCCCCAGAAUGGCCAUCAAUAAUGGACUAGAAAUAGAAAUUGGGGAAACCAAAGUGAUCAACAACAAAAUAUUAAUGGCAACUGAUUUAGACUCUGAAGACAAAUUCUUAGUCUAUAUUAUUCGUUUUGGGCCAGGACAUGGCUCAUUACAGAGGCGGAGCCCUACAGGUACCUUUGAAAAUAUCACACUGGGCAUGAAUUUUACCCAGGAUGAAGUGGACAGAAAUUUAAUCCAGUAUGUCCAUUUUGGGCAAGAGGGAAUUCGGGAUCUAGUUAAAUUUGAUGUCACUGAUGGGAUAAAUGCUCUCAUUGACCGCUACUUCUAUGUGUCUAUUGGGGGCAUUGACAUCGUCUUCCCUGAUGUGAUAAGUAAGGGAGUAUCCUUGAGAGAAGGCGGUCAAGUCACCCUCACAACAGACCUGCUAAGUACUAGUGACUUGAACAGUCCUGAUGAAAACUUAGUCUUUACCAUCACCAGAGUUCCCACGAGAGGCCACUUAGAGUGCACUGAUCAACCUGGUGUGUCCAUCACAUCUUUCACUCAGCUCCAGCUGGCUGGCAACAAAAUCUACUAUAUCCACACAGCUGACGAUGAGGUGAAGAUGGACAGUUUUGAGUUUCAGGUGACCGAUGGACGUAACCCUGUCUUCCGAACUUUCCGUAUCUCCAUUAGUGAUGUGGACAACAAGAAGCCAGUGGUGACCAUCCACAAGCUGGUUGUCAGCGAAGGUGAAAACAAGCUAAUCACGCCUUUCGAACUCACAGUGGAAGACAGAGAUACUCCUGACAAACUCCUGAAGUUCAUUAUCACCCAGGUGCCUGUUCAUGGUCAACUCCUGUUCAACAACACUAGACCUGCCAUGGUUUUUACCAAGCAAGACUUGAAUGAGAACUUAAUCAGCUACAGACAUGAUGGCACUGAGUCAAGUGAAGACAGCUUCUCCUUCACAGUGACUGACGGGUCCCAUACUGAGUUCUAUGUUUUUCCUGAUACGGUAUUUGAAACAAGGAGGCCCCAAGUGAUGACGAUUCAGGUAUUAGCUGUUGACAAUAAUGUCCCCCAAAUUGCUGUGAACAAAGGGGCCUCUACCCUUCGCACUCUGGCCACUGGUCACUUGGGCUUCAUGAUCACCAGCAAAAUCUUGAAAGUGGAGGACAGAGACAGCUUACAUUUUUCUCUCAGGUUCAUUGUAACCCAGGCUCCUCGGCAUGGCUAUCUCCUCAACUUGGGCAAAGGCAAUCACAGUGUCUCUCAGUUCACACAAGCUGACAUUGACGACAUGAAAAUAUGCUAUGUUUUAAGAGAAGGGGCCAAUGCCACAAGUGAUGUAUUCCAUUUUACAGUUGAAGAUGGUGGUGGAAACAAGUUAACCAAGCAGCAUUUUCGUCUGAACUGGGCUUGGAUCUCCUUCGAAAAGGAGUAUUACCUCAUCAACGAGGACUCCAAAUUUCUAGAUGUUGUACUUAAACGUCGAGGUUACUUGGGAGAAACUUCAUUUAUAAGUAUUGGCACCAAAGAUGGGACUGCAGAAAAAGACAAAGACUUCAAGGGCAAAGCACAGAAACAAGUGCAGUUUAACCCUGGCCAGACCAGGGCCACGUGGAGAGUGAGGAUCGUGAGUGAUGGAGAACACGAGCAAUCUGAAACCUUCCAGGUGGUUCUCUCAGAGCCGGUGCUGGCUGCCCUGGAAUUCCCUGCAGUGAUCACAGUGGAGAUUGUUGACCCAGGAGAUGAAUCAACUGUAUUUAUUCCCCAAUCUGAAUAUUCCAUUGAAGAAGAUGUUGGUGAGCUGUUCAUCCCUGUCAGGAGAAGUGGAGACGUGAGUCAGGAGUUGAUGGUGAUCUGUUAUACGCAACAAGGAUCAGCAAGUGGAACUGUGCCUACCUCAGUGCUGUCCUACUCUGAUUAUAUAUCCAGACCCGAGGACCACACCAGUGUUGUCCGCUUUGACAGAGGCGAGAGAGAGAAAAUGUGCAGGAUCGUGGUGAUUGACGACUCCUUGCAUGAAGAGAAGGAAACAUUCCAUGUGCUUCUGAGCAUGCCCAUGGGAGGGAGAAUUGGAUCAGAGUUCCCAGGGGCUCAGAUUACAAUCCUCCCUGACAAGGAUGAUGAACCCAUAUUCUACUUUGGCGACGUCAAGUACUCAGUAGAUGAGAGCACAGGCUAUGUGGAAGUGCAGGUGUGGAGGACUGGCACUGACCUGUCCAGGUCUUCCAGUGUCACUGUGAGAUCAAGGAAGACAGAGCCUCCCUCUGCCGAUGCUGGAACAGACUAUGUGGGAAUCAGUCGCAACUUAGACUUCGCACCUGGAGUCAACAUGCAGACUGUUCGUGUGAUCAUUCUGGAUGAUCUUGGACAACCAGUGCUGGAAGGAAUUGAGAAAUUUGAACUGGUGCUUCGUAUGCCAAUGAAUGCAGCACUCGGAGAGCCCAACAAAGCCACAGUGUUCAUAAAUGACACUAUCUCAGAUUUGCCUAAGAUGCAAUUCAAAGAACGAGUAUAUACUGGCAAUGAAAAUGAUGGGCAGGUAGUGGCGAUGAUCCACAGGGGUGGAGAUAUCCAGUACAGGUCCUCGGUGAGGUGCUACACACGGCAGGGGUCUGCACAAGUCAUGGUGGACUUUGAAGAGCGCCCCAACACUGAAAUCUCUGUCAUCACUUUCCUCCCUGGUGAGAUUGAAAAGCCUUGUGUCCUUGAGCUGAUGGAUGAUGCGCUAUACGAGGAGGUGGAGGAACUCCGUCUGGUUCUGGGCACUCCUCAAAGUAACUCUCCUUUUGGGGCUGCAGUUGGUGAACAAAAUGAAACUCUGAUCAGGAUCCGAGAUGAUGCUGAUAAGGCAAUUAUUAAAUUUGGAGAAACUAAAUUUAGCGUUAGUGAGCCCAGAGAACCAGGACAGUCGUCGGUGGUAAAAAUUCCAGUGAUUCGCCAAGGAGACAUUUCCAAAGUUUCUGUUGUGAGAGUCCACACCAAGGACGGUUCGGCCACCUCCGGAGAAGACUACCAUCCUGUGUCGGAAGAAAUCGAGUUUAAAGAGGGAGAAAACCAGCACUUUGUUGAAAUUGAAGUAAUCUUUGAUGGAGUAAGAGAGAUGAGAGAGGCCUUUACUGUCCACCUAAAACCCGAUGAGAACAUGAUAGCAGAGACGCAGGUAAUCAAAGCCAUUGUGUAUAUAGAAGAAAUGAACAGCAUAGCAGACGUCACUUUUCCGUCUGUUCCUCAAAUUGUGUCCUUACUGAUAUACGAUGACACUUCUAGAGCUAAAGAGAGUGCUGGACCCGUGUCUGGCUAUCCUGUCGUCUGUAUCACAGCUUGCAACCCUAGGUAUUCUGACUAUGACAAAACAGGCUCUAUUUGUGCGAGCGAGAACAUCAAUGACACUUUGACGCGGUACCGAUGGCUGACCAGCGCUCCCUCUGGCCCUGAUGGCGUGACUAGCCCCAUGAGAGAAGUGGACUUUGACACCUUUUUCACAUCAUCCAAGAUGAUCACUUUGGACUCCAUAUACUUUCAGCCUGGCUCCCGAGUACAGUGCGCAGCUCGUGCUGUGAAUGCCAACGGCGAUGAAGGCCUGGAGCUGAUGAGCCCUAUUGUAACCAUCGGCAGAGAAGAAGGUCUCUGUCAGCCUCGGGUGCCGGGGAUAGUGGGAGCUGAGCCUUUCUCAGCAAAGUUGCGCUACACUGGCCCCGAGGACCCAGAACACACAAACUUUAUCAAGCUCACUGUCACGAUGCCUCACAUUGAUGGCAUGCUCCCUGUCAUCUCCACUAAAGAACUUUCCAACUUUGAGCUUACCCUCAGUCCUGAUGGCACAAGAGUUGGAAACCACAAGUGCUCCAACCUUCUGGAUUACACUGAAGUGAAGACCCACCAUGGUUUCUUGACUGAUGCUACAAAAAACCCAGAGAUCAUUGGAGAAACAUAUCCUUAUCAGUACAGCUCAUCUAUCAGAGGCUCCGGUACCUUGCGCUUCUACCGAAACCUGAAUCUUGAGGCCUGUUUAUGGGAGUUUGUGAGCUACUAUGACAUGUCAGAACUGCUUACUGACUGUGGAGGCACCAUUGGGACCGAUGGUCAGGUCCUAAACCUAGUGCAGUCCUAUGUGACCCUUCGAGUCCCUCUCUACGUCUCCUAUGUGUUCCAUUCUCCUGUCGGGGUAGGAGGCUGGCAGCAUUUUGACUUGAAAUCAGAGCUUCGUCUCACUUUUGUGUAUGACACUGCCAUCUUGUGGAAUGAUGGAAUUGGCAGCCCACCAGAAGCAGAACUUCAAGGUUCUCUCUAUCCAACCAGCAUGCGGAUCGGUGAAGAGGGGCGUUUGGUCGUGAACUUCAAGACAGAAGCUCAAUUUCAUGGCUUAUUUGUGCUGUCACAUCCGGCCUCCUUCACAAGCUCAGUGGUCAUGUCAGCGGAUCACCGGGGCCUGACGUUUUCCCUCCGCCUCAUCAGGAGUGAGCCAACCUACAACCAGCCAGUGCAACAGUGGAGCUUUGUGUCUGACUUUGCAGUACGUGACUACUCAGGGACCUAUACUGUGAAAUUGCUGCCUUGCACCACCCCACCGCAUCAGGAGUACCGCCUGCCGGUCACUUGCAACCCCAGAGAGCCCGUCACCUUUGACCUUGACAUUCGUUUCCAACAGGUCAGUGAUCCAGUGGCAGCUGAGUUUAGCUUGAACACACAGAUGUACCUGCUUUCCAAGAAGAGCCUCUGGCUGUCUGAUGGAUCCAUGGGAUUUGGACAAGAAAGUGAUGUUGUGUUUGCAGAAGGUGAUGUAAUUUAUGGGCGUGUCAUGGUGGAUCCUGUCCAGAAUCUAGGUGAUUCCUUCUACUGCAGCAUUGAGAAGGUGUUUCUGUGCACUGGAGCCGAUGGCUAUGUUCCCAAGUAUAGUCCCACAAAUGCAGAGUAUGGCUGCUUAGCUGAUUCUCCUUCACUCUUAUAUAGAUUUAAAAUUGUGGACAAAGCUCAGCCAGAGACACAAGCCACCAGUUUUGGUAAUGUCCUGUUUAAUGCUAAACUGGCAAUGGAUGACCCCGAAGCUAUUCUCUUAGUGAAUCAGCCUGGAUCUGAUGGAUUUAAAGUCGACUCAACACCUCUCUUUCAGGUUGCUCUGGGGCGAGAGUGGUACAUACACACAGUCUACACAGUAAGAUCAAAAGACAAUGCCAAUCGAGGAAUUGGCAAGAGAAGUGUGGAGGAGCAGUACCACUCUUUGGUGGGUCAAGGGAAGCCCCAGGCAACUACUAAGAGCCGGAAGAAGAGGGAGAUCAGGAACACACCCCCGCUGGUGUGGGAAAUCGGUGCUGAAAACAACCGAGGAACAAAUAUCCAGCACAUUGCCCUGGACAGAACCAACAAGAAGCAAGUCCCCCAAGGGCGGGUUCCUCCUGAUGGUGUCCUUCCCCGGGAACUCAACAGUCCUGACUCUGAGGUCAACCUGGUCACAGUCGUGGGAGGCAUCUCAGCAGGAUUACUCACCCUCUGCCUCACCGCCAUCACAGCGAUGAUGUGCAGGAACAAGAAGAGUGCCAGGAAGAAGGCCGCCCCGAAGGGCUCAGGCAGCAGCGAGCCCAUGAUGCCCCAGCAGAGCCACCACAGCGACAGCUCAGAGGUGUGAUGACUGAAGGUGGAACUUAGCCUAUUUUUCAAGUGCCUCAGAAAAGACAAUAUGAACCCAAAUGCUUCUGUUCAUGGCAGAAAAUUUGGGAGUCCUGUGAUGAAGCUGCUCAGAGGAACUGUGGACUAAUGAACUUGGAUUUGAAUUGUCUACUCGUUCAUGCAUCAAAGGACAAAUUCAGACCACACACCACCUCUUUCCUCUUGCCCAGAGGCAUCUACUCUGUAUUCACAGGGACACAGAAUCCAUAAAUGGAGGGCAAGAAAUGUACCUCCCAUUUUAGGCAUUUUCUCUACACAGUGGAGAUGAAUCUCUUCAAAGGUGCUAACAGACUCUCUUAGAUACUUAAGAGGAGUCUAUUUUUGCUGUAUUUGUAUGAACCUGGAAGGUGCAACUAUCACAAUGCUUUUUCAUUGUAUAGCAAUUUAUGACUAGAAAGUAUUUAAUGGGUAGUCUGAAAGAAUGAUUAACACACUGCUCAUUGUGGCAAGCUUUCUAUCAGGUAAAGAUGGCAUAAAAUUAUGACCAGGGUAACUCAACCCACUAAUUACCUUUUCUGCUACAUGGAAGGAGGUGGAAAGAAAGUUAGAGGACAAGCAACUCACUGACUUGAAUUUGAAUUGUUUCUCAUCCUUCUCAGACCCACUAGUUUUAUUUUCUUAUUUAAUUUUAAAUUAAACCAAAGACUGUGUUAAGUCUGGAAGAGCUUGUUAAAGAGAGAUUGCUCUGUUGGGGUAGGUAGUGAGAAGUUCUUAUAGAAUAGUAGAGUUCUUGUAUGACAACACACCUAUUGGUACUCGACAUUUGUAGGAAAUGAGAGGGUUGGUCACAUUUUGAUGACAAAGAAAUGCUAUGGCGCUAGAUUCACAUUUACAAGACAAUGUUCUCUAAGAACUGAGCCUGGGUGUGAUAAUAAGAAACAUCCUAAUAGAUGGUGAAGGGAGAAAGUGUUAUUUAUUAAUAUAAAAUGUUUUAACCAAAGUGCCUCUUACACAUACUUUAUAAAGUAAAGGAACAUUUUGAGAGAUGACACCAAUGUUAACCCUCAUAUUAUGUCACAUAGUCACACAGCAAUGUCCAGAAUUUAAAUUGGUUUUAGGAUAUUUUGUUAACUUUCUAAACAGUGGGAUUUUCUGUAGCUGUCACUCCAGAAAGGUCUUGGAGGUGGCCAGGACCACUAAAUAUAAUCUUUGAUCCAAGAAGAAUGCAUGGUUUUCUAACAGUAUCAAAAAAGAUUCAGCGAGGUCCAUCUCCAAUAUCAGAAAAAAUAUAACUUCUAACAAUUUUCCAUUCACUCCACAAAACCAAGGAUUUUAAAGUGCUUCCCAUUGCCUUUCUAAGAAAUGUGCUUUCACCAAAUGACAGAAAUUUCCACUGGCAAGGAAAAAUGUUAGUCGUUUAAUGACCAGUCUUCCAAAAGCUAGUAAAUAUAUUUCAAACAAAAGUAGGGUCAAGAGAUUAAGAAUCAUACCUAAAGACUAACCCUCUAGGGCUGAAACCUGCCCAAACUACAGGCCAAAACCUGCCCAAACUACACAUCUUGAUGGAGAGAUGUUAGGCCAAUUUUUUUUUCACAUCCCACAGGCUAGUCCUCUCUUAAUUGGAAAAAGGAGGUUAUCCUGGUGCUGAGGAGGAGUUUUCCUACUUACCUCUCUUCUUGGGCAGCUCAACUUCACAUUCAGAGUUUUUUAAAGAAUAGAGUAGACUGUAGUCUCCUUCCCAUGGGGGCCUCACAUACAACUCAAACGGCCCUCAAAGGGCUUCCAUAAAGUACUGUAUAACCCAGGAGUUCACUUAUCAAAUACAUAUUCAUCACUUUGUAAUUAUCCUCUUUCUUUUGCUUUGCCUUCUGGCAGAUGCUUAGCUACGUCUUUGGCUACCUCAUCGCUGGUAUAGGAAUGAGCAUCAGUUAAGCAGCUUCAAAGUGAGUGGGCUUUUUCUACUUGGCAAUAGAUUUGAUUUAUGUAGAAUGGUUAGAGCAAGUGCUUAGUCAACUGUAUGUUAUCUUAGUAGUUAGGAUGCUUCACAAUCUAGCAUCAUACAAUCUUGGGUGUGUCUGUCAAGAAUCUAGUAAUCAGAGACUCAGUAUUACAAGAAGUGUGUUUUGAGCCUUUGGACUGGGCUGGGUUUAUGCCAAAUAUCACUCUACAGUGAGUUGUUCUAAUGAGACUACUAUAUAUAAAUUGGAAAACUUCUAAAAUACAGAACAUACCUUUCCUUUCCUAAAAUAGAAAAAUUUCCCCUGCUCUUCUCAUCUCCUUUUCUCUUCCUCUCCCCUCUCUCUUUUCUUCUUUCUCGUCCUCCUCCCUUUGAAGAGUCUGUGGGAAAUCGAGCUUUCUUAAAUAAAAAGAACCGGGAUUUUCACAUCAUUUCCUUAAUGUCUAUUUACUUAAUAUGUGAUUUAAUAUACAUUAAUCAUAAAAAUAUGUUUUUAGUGGAAACAUCAGGCAAAAUUCUUUAUUGUUCAAUAAAACAGAGCCUUAUUUUCAAUGUUUGUCUUUAGAGAAUUAUUCUUGAAUUAGCAGAACAAAUAAAUAAAAUAGCUUCCCAUAGAAAACAGGAUGCAAGCAAUAAUAGCUCUGUAGCUACUCAGUAGCUUCUGCCUCUAAAUUAAAAAAAGGUCUUGGGCCUCCCCGGUGGCGCAGCGGUUGAGCGCUGGGUUGCAAGGCUGCCGGCGACCUCUGCGGCGCCAGUUCGAUCCCCGGCUGCUCCCCGGCCACAGGA